AUGGCGCCCAAGAAUAUGAAGUGCCGAGGCCAGAGGCACUGGGACCUGGCGGCACUCGCUUACGGGGAUUACCUGAACGUUUUUCUACAUGCCGCUCUUAAGCUCCACAUAGUGUAUCUCCCUAAAUUAAUUGGUACCACAAGAAGUAAUGCACCAAAUCGACUACCACCCAUUGCUACGUAUGAGACCCUUUUUGCUCUUCCUGCUACAUCUGCGCCUCUGAUGCACUCCUCUGCAGAAGAAGUUACGGACUUGCAGGAGCAGCCAGGUAACACUAAGUCGCUUGGUCAAGAGGAUUUUACUGCAGUCCCGCUUGAUACUGCUCCUUCUCUUCCCUCCUUCUCUCCUAUCUCAGCUGAUCCCUUUAAAGAGCACGCAGCCUUUGAUACGCUCUCAGAUGGAUUAUCUGCAAGAGGCAUUUACAAAGAAAAUGCAAGGGAAGUUUAUAAAGGAACUCUGGAAAAUGCAAGAAACCCAUUUCUUGCAGAAGGAAAUGAAAAAGACAUUUCAGAGAUUAAAUGCUCAGAACCCCCAUUUGCUAAAGCAGAAGCAGCCAUUUUAUCUAAAGCUAAAGAAGAAACACAGCUAGAGGGCCCUAAAGAAUUACCUAAUCUGGAGAAAAUGCCUGCACAGCAGCUGAAAAUGUCUCCAGAAACUCCUCAAGAUUUGUUUGAGAAUAAUGAGGAAGACCUCUUCUACAACAAAGACAAAUACAGAGGUGGUGAUUAUGAUGAAAAAGAGGCACUGAAAGAAGACCCUUUCAGGAGGGAAGAAUAUGCAGACUUCAAACCAUUUGAGCCAAUAUGGGAAAUAAAAGGUGCCAGUCAGAGACUGAGCACUGUUGGAAGUAAGACAGAUGGCAAGCUAGAAGGCAGUUUAGAUGAGAAGUGUGGUGUAGGUAAGCUGGAUGUGCAGAAGGAUUACGAGAGAGAGAGUGAAGGCAGCACCGAAGAUCGCUCUUUCCCAAGUACCCCAGAAGCUGUAAAAGACCCUUCACAGACUUACAUCACUUGUACUAAAUUUGAAUCCUCCCUAGGUCCUGAUGGUAACAAAGUCAAAUCUCUUUCUCCGCUAGAGGAAGGCACUUCAGAAAAUAGAACCGAUGACGAGAAAAAAAUAGCAGAAAUGAAAGCUCAGAUGAGCACUGAACAAGGUGAUUUUAGCACUCGAGCAGUUGGCAAGCAGGAAGGCCAGGAAGCUGACUAUGCUAAACCAGAGAGUGUAUCAACAGUGCCAUCUGACACUGCAUCAAAUAUGCCUGAAGGUCUUACUCCUGAUCUAGUACAAGAAGCAUAUGAAAGUGAAAUGCAUGAUGCAGCAUGUACAAAACUUGCUUAUGAAACAAAGAUUGAUUUAGUUCAAACCUCCGAGUCGGUACAAGAGACUCUGAAACCCGUGACACAACUCUGUCCCUCAUUUGAAGAGUCAGAAGCUGCUCCAUCACCAAUAUUGCCAGAUAUUGUUAUGGAAGCCCCACUGAGCACUGGGACUGCUGGUGUGGAAGCAUCUGCUGUGCAGCUCGAAGCUUCGCCAUUAGAAACAUUUAUUCCUACUGCUAAUUAUGAGAAUGUAGAAGAAGAGCCUGAAGAACCUCCCUUGUACCAAGAGGCAGUCAAGGUACCACUGACACAGGCCCAAGAAGGAAAAGAGGCAUUAGCAUUUAAAAAACCUGAGCAUGAGAGUAGCUCCAGUCCUGAAGAUGUAGAGGCUCCAUAUAUAUCUAUUGCAUGUGACUUAAUUAAGGAAACAAAGGUCUCUGGUGAACCUGCUUCUCCAUCCUUUACAGAUUAUUCAAAGACAUCGAUAACAGAACGUGUUUCUCAGGAUGUGCCUGAACACAAAGAACUUGCUGAAAAACUGUCUCCACAGUUCGGAAAAUCUGACUUGUUUAAUAGCCAGGUGAUACCUGACUUCGCUGAGAAAGUGAGCGAAGAUCCAUCUCUCAUCUUACAAAGUAAACCAACUGAGAAUAUUGUAACUGAUUAUGAACAUGAGGAACGACUGAUGGAUUCAGUAGCUGCCACAGGCAAGCCUUAUCUGGAGUCUUUCCAACCUGAACUGGACUCUCCACCUGAGCCAGUACCUACAAAAAUAGCCAAGGCAGAGAAGUUUCCUCUUCAGAUGGAAGAGCUCAAUGCUAUGGCUUAUUCAGCUGAUGUAUCUGUUGCUAUGGAACCAAAAACAGGAGACAACAAAGUACUCUCAUCCACAGAGUCUUCCCCAGUUGAAGACUUUGUGAUGUUGGCUCAUCCUAAAACAGCUCCUGAGUUUGUGGCAGAGGCCACUGUCGGAGAAGUAACACGCGAAUAUGAAAGUGAAGAGGUCAGUAAGGCAAUCAGAGGUGAGAAGAGGCAGUUGCCUUGCCCAGAGCUACCCUGUGAUCUGUCUUUAAAGAAUGUAGAAGUAAACACUGAGGAAGAUACUAAUGUCUUGAAAAAGUCCUUGGAGGCUGUGGACAGAGAAGUGCCUGAAGUAUCCAUGAUGUCCUUACCGGCCACAGAUACCUCACCCUUAUCUGCUGAAAAAGAGAGAGUCAGUGUAGUAAAACCAGAAGCCUUUGAGAAGAAAGCUGAGCCAGAAGCUGCUUCUGUUAAAGAAAAGGAAAAAACUACUGCUGUAUUUUCAGCAAAGCUGAAUAAAUCUUCAGGUGGGACUUACACUUCAGUGUAG